AUGGCCACUCCCUCUAUUCUCACCUUUGACGCUGAGGGCCGCCCGAUUAAGUUUGAGGUUUGGUUAGAUGACCUCCACCUGUUCCUCCAGAUCACUGCCAAGGACGAUGUCUCCCUGUAUGACCACACGUCAGGCGCCGCUCCCGCACCUCCCGCUACUGCUGACAGUACUGCUCGCUCCCAGUGGCAGACCCGUGAUGCUCACGCUCGCCUAGCCGUUCGCAGCCACCUGCCGUUAGAUGAGCGCGAGCACUUCGGCCAGCAUAAGACCGCUAAAGAACUGUACGACGCCGUAGUCGCGCGCUACUCCUCCCCUGCCACUGCUGCUAUAGGCCGUCUCUCACUGCCCUACCUCUUUCCCGACCUGUCCGCCUUUGCCACUGUAGCUGACCUCAUCACCCACCUCCGUACCAGUGACCUCCGCUACCGUGCCGCGCUCCCCCCCGAUUUCCUCGCCAAGAACCCCCCCCCCCCCGAUUUUCUCGCUCUCUCCCCCACUGACCUCACUGUCGACCUCCUCGAGAAGGAAAUCCUAGCAGCUGAGAAGAGCAUUGUAGCUGUAGGUGCCUCUCAUGGUGACCCCCGCACCCCCUUCUUUGAGGGGUGCUCCCCCUCCCCCCUCCUCCCCUCCAUUGCAUCUGCUGCUGCUGUCGACUACCUCGGAGCUGAGGGAAUCGGGGCCGCGUCUACUCCUAGUGGGAGGCGCAAGUGCGGCAGGGGCAAGGGGGGCAGGGGUGGUGGAGGUGGAGGCGGGGGCGGCGGCGGUGGAGGGGGUGGGGGGGGCGGGGGUGGUGGCGGAAGUGGGAGUGGCGCGGGUGGUGGGGGGGUCAGUGGCAGCACAGGGGGUGGUGGCGGCGGCGGCGGCGGUGGGGGUGGUGGGGGCGGUGGUGGCAGUGGUGGUGGCGGUGGAGCGGGUGGCGGGCGUGGUGGAGCGGUGCAGUGUGGGGGAUUCGGCGGUGGCCAGAGGCAGCAGCAGCAGCGUCCCGGCGAGACUCCCUCGCCCCAGCAGCUCCGUGAGUGGUACUCUCAGCGUGGGGGGUCUGGAGGUGAGGGUACCUGCCCGUACGUCAUCCGUACAGGUGACCGCGCUGGCCAGACUUGUGGGAGGUUUCACACGGCGCAGCGCUGUUUCUUUCGCCUCGACGACGCCUGGCGCGAGCAGUUCCCUGACGCCUCUGAGCUGCCUCCCUGGUCUGAUCUGCUUAGGAAGGGGAUUGAUGUCUUUGCUCUUGAUUAUGAUGCUAUCCUUGCUGCCAUGUAUGCAUUGACUAUUAGUGCUGAGGGUGACUGUUACCUGAGUGUACCGCCCGACCCAGGUAUUGGGCCUGGUGAGACUGCUGCUCUAGGUACUAGUGCGUCUACUACCCUUGGUACUGGUAAGGCUGCUGCGCUAGGUGCUCGUGCGUCUGCGUCUGCUGGUACUGGGUCUACUGCGGCACUGCACACCUUCACACUGGACUCAGGUGCUUCCCGCUGUUUCUUUCGUGACCGCACUGUCCUUGAGCCGCUAGCUCGGCCUGUUGCUGUCUCCCUUGCUGACCCCUCUGGGGGCCCGGUCCUUGCGACCUCCUCCACUGUCCUCCCUUGUCCUGCGGCCCCGUCUGGCACUCUGUCGGGUCUCUACCUCCCCUCGUUCUCUACGAACUUGGUGGCGGGCUCUGCUCUCCAGGAUGGGGGUGUUCACCAGUUCACCCCUGCCUAUGAGCGGGUGACCCACUGUACGUGUGCUCGGACGGGUCGCCACCUAGCUACCUUCACUCGGCAGCCGGGGUCCGACCUGUACACACUGACCACUGAGUCCCCUCAGGUAGCUGCGUCUGCGUCUGCGUCAGGUCAGCUGUCGGCUCCCUGCUCGUGUCGCUCCCUGUCGCACCAGACCGUCCUCUGGCACCACCGCCUUGGUCACCCCUCCGUGCAGCGCCUUCGUGGCAUGCACUCCCGGUACCUUGUCUCUGGUCUUCCCAGAGUUCUCCCUCCCCUCCCACCCUCGCCUGCUCCUCCCUGUCUUCCCUGUGUCGAGGGGCGGCAGCGCGCCACCCCUCACUCCUCCUCGUUCCCUCCCACAGAGGCUCCCCUGCAGACUCUUCACCUGGACCUCCGCCAGCGGUUCCAGUCGGACUUUCCUGUCCUGCGUCUGCACUCUGACAGGGGUGGUGAGUUUUCCUCCGCCCUCCUGGCCGCCUACUGUGCGGAGCACGGCAUCCGCCUGAUUUUUACGCUUCCGGCCUCCCCACAGCAGAAUGGGGUUGUUGAGCGCCGCAUUGGUUUAGUCAUGGAGGUCGCUCGUACCUCCAUGAUCCAUGCGGCUGCCCCCCAUUUCCUGUGGCCGUUUGCAGUGCGGUACGCUGCGCAUCAGCUCAACCUUUGGCCCCGUGUCUCUGCUCCGGAGACCUCGCCCACACUGCAUUGGACGGGGGAGGUUGGCGAUGCGUCGGUGUUCCGUGUCUGGGGAUGUCGAGCCCUUGUUCGCGAUACGUCCGCGGACAAGCUCUCCUCCCGUGCCGUUCCCUGUGUCUUCCUUGGCUUUGUCCCUGACGCGCCUGGCUGGCAGUUUUACCACCCCACCUCGCGCCGUGUCUUCGCCUCUCAGGACGUCACUUUUGACGAGUCGGUACCCUUUUACCGUCUGUUCCCCUACCGCACUGCGCCGCUUCCCCCCCCGCCGCUCUUCCUCACCCCAGGUGUCCCUUCGGUAGACCCCCUUCCUCCCCAGGGUCCUGCUCCCUCAGGUGUUUCCCAGGUAGACCCGGUCGAGCCUGUCGAGGUAGCUGUUGACUCUGGUCCUGCGAGGGGUGCUGCGACUGGGGGUGCUGAGCCUGGGGGUGAGGAGCCUGGCGGUGCUGAGCCUGGGGGUGCUGAGCCUGGGGGUGCUGAGCCUGGAGGUGCUGAGCCUGGGGGUGCUGGGUCUGGGGGUGCUGAGCCUGGGGGUGCUGAGCCUGGGGGUGCUGAGCCUGGGGGUGUUGAGCCUGGGGGUGCUGAGCCUUGGGGUGCUGAGCCUGGGGGUGCUGAGCCUUGGGGUGCUGAGCCUGGAGGUGCUGGCUCAGGUGGUGCUGGAGCUGGAGGUUCUGGAGCUGCUGGAGCUACCACUGGAGCUGGAGGUUCUGGAGCUGCUACGAGUGCUGGCGCUGAGGGUUCAGAGUCUGCUGUUGCGCGGUCUCCUUGGAGUAGCCGCCUUCGUACGCGUGUGCCUCUCACCUCCCAGCAGCUGCGCGACUGGUACGGUCGCCGUCAGCGUCGCGCUCCUGUAGCUCGGGACUCUGCUCCUGGCGGUGCUUCCACUGACGUCACUGGAGCUGAGAGUGGUGCUGGUUCGUUGUCUCCUGGAGGUGCCCACGUUGCUAGCUGGUCCCGGAGGGUGCUCCCACUGGGGACACUGCGACUGGGGGUGCUGGUUCUGGAGGCGCUGCUGCUGGUGGAGACUGUCCUGGAGGAGUUGCCGCUGGGGGUGGUGGAGCUACUGGAGGUACAGGAGCUUCUGUAG